AUGAACGUAUUUCUCACGAAUGUCUUCUGCGGGGUAGAGUACCCUCUGCUCAAGCAGUACAGCCUUGAUGGCCUUGAUGAGGCGCCAAACUCGCCAGCAACACAAACCCUGACCGCGGAGAUGUUGUGCAUCAAUAUUCACUAUUGGCACCUUGCCUCGCCGAGGGACACGCCCCUCAAGUUGCGCGAGAAGAGGGAGAAGAAGAAAGGGCGGCAGGCCGCCAAGCCCGCCGAGAAGGUGGAGGAGAAGGAGAUGGCUGCGGCCAAGUCUGCGACAACUAUCUCCACCAUGAACAUUUUUCUAACAAAUAUCUUCUGCGGGGUUGAAUUACCCCUAUUCCAGCAGUACAAUGUCGAUGGCCUCGAUGACGGCAAUUGGGGCACUCCUCCGGCACAAGUGUCAGCGCCGUUUUUCCUGACGUGGCACGACUUCCCGAGAUCCAACGCCGGCACUGGCCGAAAGUCGUUGAAGCGCUGCUUGGAUUCGUUUUACACGUCGUCGCGAUUCUCCAAGAGGGAGCUGAGGAAGACAAUGGACAAGUGUCCGCGCUGA